AUGUCGAAACAAUACCUCACCCUCCACACAGUCGACUCGGCGCAUCCCAAAGCAAGCGACAUCUUCGCCGUAGCACCAACCAGCACCCAACUCCUCUCCGCCUCAGGCUCAAGCAGAAUCAACGUCUACGACACCACACAAGCCGAAUUCCCCGUAAUACAAACACUCGACAAGGCGCAUCCACUCGGCAUACACCACCUAGUAACCGCACGGGAAGAGAAGGCACGACGGGCCGCAAGCGCAGGCUUCGAAGGCAAAGUCAAGAUAUGGAGUCAAGAUGAGGAUGGAUCAUGGAGUGAGGAUGGAGAGAUUGUUGACCAGAACAAGCCCGGUGAGAUAUGGGCCAUUGCGCUGAGUGCAGAUGGCCAGUACCUAGCCAGUACCAGCAUCAACGGCAAGAUCAACGUCUGGAGCCUCAACAAAGACGAGGGUAUGCCCCGGAUACGCGAGUACGAAACAAAAGGCAGCUUCGGUCUAUCUGUAGAUUUGUCCCGCAACGGCACAUACACAGCCUCCGGCCACGAAAACGGCUCCAUCUACGUCUUCAACAACGAAACCGGGCGCCUCGCACACUCCCUCUCCGGCCUCGUCCACCCCGUGCGCGCCGUAUCCUUCUCUCCCGCCUCAAAACUACUAGCAGCAGGCGGCGACGCACGCAUCAUCGCUCUCUACGACGUCACAUCUGGGGAGCAAGUCGCAAACUUCACUGGCCACGGCGGGUGGGUGUUGAGUCUGGACUGGAGUGAUACGGGCGAGUAUCUGUUGAGUGGGCAAGUCAUCCCUAUACCCAUCCCAACAACCGAACACCAUCCUACCAAUGCGGAUUCGAAGGUUUGGAAGAUUCUUGCUAACAUGGCUCCGUGA